GGCGGCUGCUUCCACACACACACACACACCGCCGACCACCUUGCCGGUUACAGGGCCACUAUCGUUUGCCGUCUGUGAAAAUAAUAAUAAUAAUAACAAUAAUUUUAAAAGGCGGGUUCCUGAGGAGAACAGGCUUUUGAAGACUGGGACGCACUUCAUCGGAUGCAUCCAGUCGUGCCUUCACUUUCCACUUGUAUUAGCGCUCGGUUUGGUAUAUGCCUCCAAACCAGGAGCCCCGCGAAGGACGCUGGGCCUGCCUGCACAGCAGCGCCCGACCGGAGCGCUUCGCGCCGGGGCCCCCAAACCGGGGGACAGGCGUGGGGCGGCCGCCUUCUGCCCGCCGAGGAUGGCCGAGAGCGCCAGCGCCGCGGCCGCCCCCUCGAGCGGGCCCGGAGCCAAAAGCAGCAGCAGCUCCUCGGGCGCCUGGUGGAAAUCGCUGACGACCAGAAAAAAAACCAAGGAAGAGUCUGGCCCCGCUUGGCAGCCGGCCGAGCCCUCGGAGAUGCUCCACGCCCCGCCCAGGCCCUCGGACUCCCCGGAAAGCCAGCCGAUGGCUUUGGGCGGCGGUAGCCGCCGGAACCUCAAGAUUUCCCGCUCAGGCCGCUUCAAAGAGAAGCGUAAAGUCCGCACCACCCUCCUGGCCGAAAGCCCCCAAAAGCUCUUCGAAGGAGGCGGGGACGGAGGAGGGGCCGCCGGCCGUAGUCCCGCCCCUGCGCACCCCGGCGAAGAGAGGCCGUGCCCGUGAUGGCCCGUCUCCUCCUCCUCCUCCUCCUCCUGCCUCGUCACCCCCCUGCCUGGUUCCUCCCGACUCCUUCCCAGGCCGGGCUGCCACCGGGAGGAGGAGCCGCCUGCCGAGUCCGUACCUCUCCAGCGCGGGCCGGGGGGCAGCGGUGGCGGCCUCGUCGUCGGUUCGCCUGACUUCGAGACGGAAGGAGGGAGGCUGCCCCGUUGGUGAAGAGCCGGGGCGCUGAGGAACUGCCUUUGGCCAGUCCAAAAAAUGGACCAAGCUCGCCUCCCUCGGGUGGGGGGGGGCGCGCGGAGCAAGGAGAGGCGCGCUCUCUACCUUAGUCCGAGACCUGCCCUCUCCCGUUGCAGGGAAGGGGCGGCCGGGCAUCGCGUGAACGAUGGAAACAUGUAACGAGGGGCCAGCUAAUGAAUGGCACAAGGUAGCCUACGCUACCUGUCGGAUCUAGUUCUCCCACGAAAUUAAAAGCUCCAGGGGGCUAUGACUCCCACCCAAUUGUCAUUGUGCGUUAUUUCCUUUUCGCAUUUUGCAAGGACCUUGUUCAGUUUCAGUAGUGUGCGUGGUCAUGGUUAUAAAUGGAAUAAAAAGGUCUUUUUAAGGAUUCUGUUGACCAUCUGCGAACUGGUUCUUACUCUGGUACUAUUCACAUCCUAAAUCAAGAACGUGUGCCUGUAUGUAUGAGUCCUGAUCAUUCUGGGUACCAAAAUAUCCUUUCCAGACUUCUGCAGGAAUACUUUUUGUUAGUCUGGUUGUGGCUUUAAAUGACUUGCUCUUGCCCUGAUAACACUCCAGGUGGAAAGGGAGCUUGGAGUCCUUGGUGUCCAUUGCCUUGGGGAUCUCAUUUGAUCAUGUACAAGUCUGGAGACCAGGAUGGCAAAGCCAAACAGAACACCUUUAAAACAUGCAGACAACACACUUUGAAAUAUUGCAUAAAAUAAGCUUCUUGUGUGCUGUCUAAUUUUCUCAAAGUUUAGAACAAACCCUAAAUAUUCAAGAUGCUUCCAUAUUUUAUUUAGAGUAUAAUCAUUUUAUAGAUUUUGCAUGUAUAUAACAUCAUAAUUUGUAGCACAUAUUUUCCCACUGCUUCUCUCUUCUCUAUAACCAUAGAAAAUCUCUUUGGGUGGGGAAUGGAAUAGCUGUACAAUGAAGGUUGAUUGGCAGCACUAGAAGCCAUUCAUUUUUAGAAGAAUCCUCUUGUCAAAGGCAGACUUGAAAACCCCUACAUGUCUGUUCUGACAGUACACAGACAUGCAAAUAGAUUCAGGCUUUCAA